CGAAACUGGUGGAAGCAACAGAAGCAAGUAAAGCAGUAAAUAUGAAUAUGUUUAGGAAUCUCUGCCACAUUGGACGGAGUUCUGGAUGGUCGUCUGAGGAAGGAGUUAGCUGGGCUGGACAGGAACUGAGACUGAAACGCUGUGGAGACGACGAGAACCAAACCCGUCUGACCAGACGUCAUGUCGCUGCCUCCUAACUCCUCCAUCCCUCUGCAGCAUGAAACGUGUGCUGGCCCUGAGAUAAAGCCCAUCAUGGAAAGCCUCCUGGGUGUUUAUGUGCUCCUGUUGCCUCUCUUCCUCUACGUUGUUGCCAUCGGUUACCAGCGAUGGAGGAAAGACGGUCUCAUGGCUCCUUUCCGAACGUGGAGACACAUCGACAUCUUCACCUACAACGUGGUUUUCCUCGACCUGCUCAAUACGUUGGGGAGCUUCUUGUACUUCUUUGGUAUCGUCACUAAAAACACAGGCGGACGGAUGGCAGGAAGUGGCCUGUUUGGGAUUUUGUUUUCAGGUCAGACUCUGUUCCACCUGCUCACCUGCAUGGAGCGCUACCUGGCUGUCGUCCAUCCCGUCUUCUACCUGCGUCUUAAAGGCUCAGCAGGCRUCAGGRUCAGAAACAUCACCAUCGGAUGUGUUUGGCUGGUUUCCUUCAUGAUAACGGCUCUGAUUAUGCAGACGGGUCUUUCCCAUUCCAUCAUCAACGGAUUGCUUCUGUCCUUCACGUCCGUAGCUUUYKUYUUCUGCAGCCUCUCUGUUCUCUGCGCUCUGAUUGGUCCAGGGCCUGGCGGGACCAGAAUCCGGGUCGACCAAUCAAAGAAGAGAGCUCUGAACACCAUCAUGAUCAUCACCGCUACUCUGUUCCUCAGGUUCAUGAGCACCAUGAUCAGCUCCAUAAUUCAACACCUUGGAAAGUUUUCAUCUGCUCAUUGUUUGAUUGGUUGGUCUUCAAUGUGGUUCUCGGUGCCCAGCAGUCUGGUGUUACCUCUGCUUCUUCUGCAGAGGGCAGGAAAACUACCCCCCUCUGGGGCAAAUGUCAGAUGAAGCAACAAGUUUGUUUAAUAUCAACGUUGCCUCAAAUCUAAUGUCAUUUUUUCUCUUUGGAAAAAUUCCCCUGUGUGAGUUAAAUUCAUGAAACGGAGACAAAAUUCAAACAUUAAUUGAAACGUUAUUGAAGGAGGCAAACCUGAAAACGACAGCAAUAAAAAGUGAGAAAAUGGUUUCUGUAGACUCCAGUUAUACAUUUUCAAUCAUAGAUUAUGGGGAUCAUAGAUCAUAGUUGCAUGAUGUAAUUGUUUCCUUAUGCAAUGGUGAGAUGGUAACAUUUAUUGGUUCAUUUAGUCAAUUAUUUAUAAAUAAAAUGAACAUGAUGCUUCUGA